UGUGGCCGUGACAAAUAAUGGUUCUCUCAGUUGUCUUUUCAUCAAGUUAUUAUUAUGGACUAGGACUGGAGUAAUCAGUGACAGUGAGUGAGGAGAGGUUAAAUUUGGUGUCUUUCGAGUAAAUUGAGUGUUGUGCCUUGUUCAUUCUGAAUUGUUACUUUCGUAAAAUAGGAAACAUCAUUUAGGUUAUGUGCAGUGAUCUUAGACUGAUAACAUACUAUUAAGCACUAACUUUUAAAUGUUAAAACCAAACUGAACCGAGAAAUAAACUGGCAUAUUGACUGCCUGUAAUAAUGGAUUUUGAAGAUGUAGUUAUGGCUUCAGAAACUAUAGAAUCACUUAAUGAAAUGACACCUGGGCGUCAAAAACAAAUUGAACUCCUGUUCAAUCUGCUUGGAACACCUGGAGAUCCUCUGCCAGCGAGUGUUUACGUAUAUGGAGAUGCAGCAACGGGGAAGACCCAAGUAAUCCAAGGAGUGCUUAGUCUCACAUCAGCUCGCUUUGCUCUAGUCAAUUGUGUGGAAUGUUACACAGCUCGACUCUUGUUGGAACCCAUUCUGCAAAAACUGCUAGAUGAUGGGUACAACAAUGAGGAUAGUGCAGAUAAAUGUGACAAUAUGAUGGUUUUGGUGAAACAACUGCGCAUUGCGGCUCACAAAGGUCAACUGGCUGACGACCAUUGUGUUAUAGUUUUGGAUAACUGCGAGCGAUUGUUUGAACUUGGAGACCAUUACUUUGUAGCAUUCCAGAAAUUACAAGAACUGACGUCUCUCUCAAACUUGUGUGUAAUUUUUAUCAGUCAAAUCUUGCCAGAGAAGUUCUGUACAGUAGUCCCAUACAUAAGAAUAUUUUUCCCUCAGUAUAACAAAGAUGACAUUCUGAAUAUUUUAAUGAGAGAAACACCUGAUAGUGAAGAUGAAAAGGAUUUGUUCAAACAGUUUCUUGUAUUUUUCCUUGACACAUUUUACCUGGCUACAAGGGAUCUCAAUGAAUUAAAACAUCAGAUGAUUGCCAUCUACCCGAAGUAUGUGGAGCCAGUAAAGACAGGAAGAAUCAAGCCUACUGACACUCACGGACUAUAUAAAAAUAUUGCUCCUCACAUUAGAGCUUGUCUCAACAACGUCUAUCUUCCCGGUAUUGGUGGAACUGAAAAUGCCAAUUCAAAAUCAGAAACAGUAUUGACCACUAAGAUUCUACAAUCAUUGGAUCUUCCGUACUAUGCGAAAUAUUUCCUAAUUGCUGCAUUUCUUGCUUCAUACAACUCACCAAAAGAAGAUAAACGAUUAUUUUUGAAAAAUCACGGAAAGAAAAAGAAAAGAUUGGUUCAAGAUCAGAAAAAAGAAAAUGCUAGCAAAGAAUUGCUUGGUCCUAAAAUAUUCACUUUGGAUAGAUUGCUAGCAAUCUUCUAUGCUAUAAUGGAAGAGAAGACUCCACUAAAUGCUAACUUGUUAGCUCAGAUCUCUUCCCUGGUUGAAUUGAGAUUGUUGGUAAAACUGGGAGAAGACUUAGACAAGCCUAAGUACAAAUGUGCAGUGGGAAUUGAAUGUGUAGAAGCAAUAUCAAGAACUCUGGAUUUCAAUGUGCGGAAAUAUAUGGUGCACUAACUGAAGACACAAACUGAACUGAAAGAAACCACUAAUUUGUUAUUUUUGUUAGUACAAAAGCCUGUGAUGUAAUGUUAUCAAAUAAGAUUUGAUUUGUAUUUUGUACAUUGCAUUUAGUUAAUAAAACAGUUAAAACACAA